AUGGUGGAAAUUCUGGUAUUAUCAAAAAUCACAGAAGCAGUUGUAUCGCUUGCAGCCAAUAGAAUAUUGUAUCUACUCAAACACGAAGCAAAUUCAUUAAUUAAUGUUAAAGAUGAUGUGGAGAACUUGGUGAGCGAGUUACGACGAAUGCAAUGUUUCUUGAGAAGUGCUUUUAGUAGACAAGAACUCGAUGACAGUGUCAAAAACUUGGUCGUGGAAGUCAAUAAUGUAGCAAAUGAUAUUGAAGAUGUGAUAGAGAUCUUCAUUGUCAAAGUCGAGUCCUCCUACAUCAAAGUUCUUCUUCUUCAAAAGCUUCGAAAAGAAAUAGACUUGAUCAAAGCUAGAAUAAAAAGCAUCUUCAAAAGCAGGCAAAAUUACGGUAUUGGAUUUGUUGUAGAUCACCCUACUGCUAGUGUACUUGAUCGACAACGAAGCUUUAGAAGAACAUUUCCGGAUGACAACGAUGAUGUUAUUAGUAUGGAGAGUAGCAUUAUUGUUUUAAAGACUCGACUGUUGGAAGAGAAUGAUGAUCAUCUUUAUCAUGUUGUUCCCAUCUUCGGGAUGGGUGGUAUAGGUAAGACUACAUUGGCUAAGAAAGUCUACAAUGAUGAUGCUGUGAAACAACAUUUUGAUUGUUGUGCUUGGGUCUUUAUAUCUCAACAGUAUGUGCUAAAGGAUGUUCUGUCUGAAAUCUUGAUUCAAGUUGGGUUCUCUCAAUCCCAAAGCACAAGAAAUGAUCCAGAAGAGAUGCUAGAAGAAAGAAAAAGAAGAAGAGAGACUUUGAACAUCUUGAGAGAAGACGAUUUGAUUUUUUCCAUAAAAGAUGAACUAAGAGACAAGUUGUAUCUUUUGGUGCUCGAUGAUAUUUGGAGAAAAGACGACUGGGAUUGUCUGAGUAGGAUUUUUCCGAAUGGAAAAAGGGGCAGUAGGAUUGUUUUCACCUCACGUAUCAUGCAAUUAGCAUCCUAUGCUAAUCCACAUGAUGUUGCAAUCGAACCUCCAUUGUUAACUUCUGAAGGGAGUUGGAAGCUUUUACGCCUAAAAGCAUUUCCAAGUGAUUCUUUGGGCCAACAUAGAUCAUAUCAACAUCAAUAUGAACACUUGGGAAAAAAGAUGGUCGAUAGAUGUGGAGGACUACCACUUGCCAUAGUUGUACUUGGAGGCCUUUUAAGAACUAAAUCUUCAUAUGAAGAAUGGCAAAGAGUGGAAAGAGAUAUGAAUUCACACUUGAACAGACACAAUCAAGGAGUAGAAGACAUGUUGGCCUUAAGUUAUCAUGAUUUGCCUUACUACUUGAAGCCAUGUCUUAUAACAGAGCCAACACAAGGAGGAACAGCGGAAGAUAAUUCUGAACAAUGCUUGGGAGAGCUAAUUGAUAGGUGCAUAAUCCAAAUCGUGAAAAGGGACUACACCGGAGUUGAAGUCAAAACAUUUCGUGUGCACCAUCUUAUGCGGCAUUUUUGCGUCUCCAAGGCACGAGAGUACAACUUUUCUGAGGUUAUUCAACAACGAGAAGAGAACAACAACAACAAUACAACUAGUUCUUCUUCAACUUAUCAAACACACAGUCGUAGGAUUGCAGUUCAUCCCGGCUGUAGUCUUGACAUAAGACAAAUGCAUUCUAAUCUACGUUCUCUUACGUGUUUCGAUGCAAGUCUUUCUCUCAAAGUUUUAAGAGCUAAAAACUUGAAGUUGUUAAGAGUUUUGAAGAUUGUGUUUAGGCUGGGCACCCGCAAGUGUAACGUGCCAUCAAUAAUUAGUGACUUAAUUCACUUGAGGUACUUAGAGUUGAGCAAUGCCGUACUAGUCAUUUUGCCUAAUUCAAUUGACAACUUGCGAAGUUUGGGAAUAAUCAAUCUCCGUAACAACGGUGAAGUUAAGUUACCAGCUGAGAUCUUAAGAUUGGCAUGUUUGAAGCAGCUCUUGUUACCCUUCAAUACAUGUUUUCCUCAUAGCUUUCGUUGGCAGACAUAUGUGCUCUCCAAACCAACAGAACUUCAGACUCUCAAGUACAUAAGAUCUGGGCCAUUGCUUCUCCAAAACAAGAUCACACAAUCUGAACUAACCAAGCUUCAAAACUUGGGAGUACAAUUCACUUGUUGUGAAGAUGUUAGGUUGUUCCUUGCAUAUCCCAAUUUCAAGUUUGGUAUGCUUAAGUCCUUACAUAUGACUCUUCUUUCAUCCAAUGCAUUUUCGAAUCUAGAACCAUUGUCGAAAUGUGUCAUUCUCCAAAAAUUGGUCAUAGAUGGAAGGAUGUCAGAUGGUCAGAGUCUAGAGUUUCUUCCAACAAGUCUUACAAAGUUGACCAUGAGGGACUCUGACAUCAGCAUUGACCCUAUGCCUGUCUUAGAGACCCUGCCUAGCUUAAUGUUUCUCAGAUUGCAUAAUGCGUACAAUGGAUCAGAAAUGGUUUGUGGUGCCCAUGGAUUUCCCAAGAUCGAAACUCUUCAACUUUUUUCUUUAAAGAGAGUAACGAAGUUAAGAGUUGAUCUUCAAACAACAAUGCCACAUCUCAAGAGAUUAUGCAUUGAGAAUAUGCCUAAUUUGAGAAUAAUUCCAGAAGAUUUAGCAGUCAAGGAUCUGAAGAUCGGUUAUGUGUGGCUCGACAGUAAAUUGAUUGUGCUCAUAAAUUUAUCUGGUUCUGUUAAAGAGAUGUUUGUAUUAAUGCUGUUUAAGCUUUCUGUUAUGAACUCUCUAUUUUUUGCUUCCUCUUGCUGCGUUUUCUUCCCCAAAGUUGUGCCCUCAGUUUCUGUGCUUCUUCGUUCUCUUCUUGCUUUGUUAAUGGCGGCCUCUAAUCCUUCUAGUGUUGUUGCUUCUUCUUCCUCUGCUAUUGUUUUCUCCCAUACUUUGUCUGUGAAGCUCGACAAUCACAAUUUCUUGCUGUGGCGACCUCAGAUUCUUGAUGCGAUAUGUGGUCACGAUCUCUAUGAUUACAUUGAUUCUGACUUUGUUCCGCCAUUGCAAUAA